UUCUCCCGCUGCUCCUAACUGGAAACACGCUCGACCAUUCUCAGCGAACCCAACAUUGACUCACGAUGUCCCAACCAAUCAACCCCAUCCACCCAUCUAUGAUCGCACGGCUCGACGCCGAAUAUGUCGCAUUCCACAACGCCAAUCUCCUCGACGUGAAACCCACGCACCUUCUUCCAUGGGACCCAGCUAUUCGUAAUGGACCUGCGGUGCCCGGAGGGUCACCCUCGCUCGAGGUCGCGAAAAUUCAGGAUUUCGAGUUGAGUAAGUGUCCGGUUAGGGUGUUUUGGCCGAAGGGAGAGAAACCGGAGGGGGGUUGGAGUGUCUUCAUUUUCUUCCACGGAGGUGGAUGGACGUUGGGCAACAUCAACUCUGAGAACUCGUUUUCUACGCAUAUGGCUGUUAAUGCGAACUGUGUCGUAGUAUCAGUAGACUAUCGUCUCGCACCGGAGAACGCGUAUCCUGCUGCAGUAGAAGAUGCCGUCGAGUCGCUUGAGUGGGUUCGGAACCAAGGGCCGAGUCUCCUCAAGAUCAACCCCUUCAAGAUCGCUGUUGGCGGCUCUUCGAGUGGCGGAAACCUCGCCUCAAUUCUUGCUCUGAAAGCGGCUACUCUCACGCCUCCCGCGCCUCUCGUCCUCCAACUGCUCAUAGUCCCUGUCACGGAUAACACCGCAUCCACCUCUGACCUUUGGGCAUCCAACGCCUUGACCCCAUGGCUCUCGCCUGGGCGUAUGAUGUGGUUCCGAAACAACUACCUCCCGAACGAGGCCGACUGGACGAAAUGGGACGCGUCGCCCAUUUUCGCGCCUAAGGAGCUGCUGGCGAAAACUCCAAAGGCCUGGAUCGCGGUGUGCGAGUGUGAUAUUUUGAAGGAGGAGGGGGAGAAGUACGGAGAGAAGCUGAAGGAAGCCGGGGUAGAUGUCGAGGUGAGAGUGUACGAGGGUGCACCGCAUCCGAUUAUGGCUAUGGAUGGGGCGCUCAAGAUCGGAGCGAAGAUGGUCGCUGAGGCCGGAGUAGCCUUAGCGAAGGCGUUUGCAGCAUGAAAACAAGUGAAUGUAUUGGGUCGCAAGGGAGCAUGUACGAUCAGAACAACUUGGAAUGCAGCGCGAUUAAGGGAUCUG